UACAUUUAUAAAGGGCAAAGGAUUUAACAAACCACCUCCAGUUAGAAACGAUGUUCAACAAAAUCAACAAUUUUUAUGUAUCUUGGCUAUAGCUAGAGCUAGUGAGGGAUUUAUACGUUCACGAAUGGUAGGUGCAGAUGCUGCGGAAGGCGAUGUUCUUGUGUUCCUGGGCUCACAAAUUGAAGUCAAGCAGCAAUGGGCUGAACCUCUUUACCAUGCAGUGAAUCAAGAAAACUCUACUAUAGCAGUACCGGUUAUGCAUUUGAUUAGUCUCGAUACGUUUGAUUACAAGUCAAGUCCUUUGGUGCGUGGUGGCUUCAAUUGGGGGUUUCAUGACAAUGGAUCUUAGGCAAGAUUUUAAACGUCUAUUUAAAACAUCAACAAUGGCUUGUGGCUUAUUUGCGAUGAAUCAACAGUAUUUCACACACAUUGGUGCGUACGAAGACGGAAUAGAUAUCUGGGGUGGUGAAAAUAUUGAAAUAUCCUUUCGUGUCUGGCACUAUAAAAAUAUAUCCCUGUUUGCGUGUGGGACAGCGCUCGAUGGUUCGAUGAUAAGGAUGCCAUGAAGCACAAAUCAUUACGUGACGCUCCCGAAUGGAUGAACGCAUACAAGGAGUAUUUUCUGAAGGAAACAAAAGCGUGAUAUGAGAACCUGGAGAUAUAUAAACGUUUGAAUUGUCACGAUUUGUCAUGGUACAAGAAAAAUAUGUACCAGAACAUGUUGCUGUCGGGUCAAUACACCAAAAAGACCACAGCGACGGCCAGGGCUUACCAGAGUAAUAUUAAUAUAGUUAUCACUACAUAUUAUAAAACAAAGUCGCUUUUUCUGUCCCUAUGUCCCCUUAUACGCUUAA